AUGAGCAGAAAUCUAAGCGUGUUGUUAGGUUGUUUGAGUCUUGUUAUUUCUGUAGCAGUAGCAGGGCCAGGAUGGAACAUUUUGAGUCACAGCACCAAAGAUGGACUGAGCAUCAGCUUGAGAAACUACUGCGAGAGUUGGAGGAUGAAUGUCGAGCUGCACAACAUCAGAGAGUUCCAAGUCGUGCCCGAAGAAUGUGUUGGCUACAUUGGAAAAUAUGUUACUUCAACUCAGUACAAGGUGGACUCAGAGAGGGCGAUUGAGGAAGCUAUUGUGCAUCUGAGCACCAGCUGCAAUUUGGAGAAAGAUGGUAAAGAUGCAUGGAUUUUCGACAUUGACGAUACGCUCCUUUCCACCGUGCCUUACUACAAGAAGCAACAUUUCGGGGGUGAGAAGUUGAACCUGACUUCUCUGGAGGAAUGGAUGAGCCAGGGCAAGGCACCUGCUCUGGAAAACUCACUCAAACUCUUCAAUGAGAUGAAAGCCAGAGGGCUGCAGAUCAUUUUGGUUUCUUCAAGGAGGGAGCAUCUCAGAUCAGCCACAAUUGACAACCUUGUCAAUGUUGGCUAUUAUGGAUGGACAAGUCUCAUAUUGAGGGGUCCCGAUGAUGAAUUGAUGGGGGUGCAAAAUUACAAGACUGAAGUGAGAAAACAGUUGAUUGGUGAAGGCUACCGCAUUUGGGGCAUUGUAGGAGAUCAAUAUAGCAGUAUUGAGGGGCUUCCAAGGGCCAAAAGAACAUUCAAACUUCCAAACCCAUUGUACUAUGUUUCUUGA